UUAAAAAAAAGAACAAACUCUCAUGUUUCUCUCUCUUCUCUCUCUCUCUCUCUCUCUCUCUCUCUCUCUCAAUCAAGUCCUCCGAAGCCUCCAAUUGAAUCCCUCAGAAAACAGAGGAAAAUAAAAAAAAAUCUAGGAGGAAGAGGCUUCUUCACUCAGAAAGCCCAUAUUUUUCUUUGCUCUGAAGAAGAAACAAGAAACAAGAAACAAGAAAGAAAAGGUGGAGACCCAGAGGCUGAGAUGGUUUGCCUCAGAUCCAGGAAACCCAAAUUUUAUGUUAAAAAAGGAUUCAUCUUUUUGGGCUUUCCUGUGAUUCAUAGGGUUGGUUUUCUAUUUCCUAGACGACAAAAGUCUUCCACGUUCGGAGCUGAAAAGGAUGGAGCUAAGAAUUGUAGAGUUAUUAGGUAUAAAAGUCAAAAUGUAACUGCUCGAUGGUGGAUACAGAAGGGACUUGAUGGAAGAGAUGCCUUCGGCAGUUGCAGUGACAUUUAGUUUAGAUAAAUCGUUGUGUGACAACUCUGGAAUCGCAACCCACGUUGAGUUCACGCAGCUCAAGCUGGUAACAGACGCUGGAAAUCUGCCGUUGGAUCCUGCUAAGGUGGUGUGUGCAGAGUCUAUAUCCUGUGGCAACCGAAGUUGCAGUGCUGUAAGGAGUGCAGUUAGCAUGGUGACCAUGUCAGCACAAGGAGAUAACGGAGGUGGUGCUGAUUUGUUUACAAUGUUGCCUGAGAGUGGAAAUAUUCGUGUUACCAGCGAUGUUGUUGUUCAAGUAAGCGGGGAAGAUGAAAUUUUAUCCAUUACUGAUGACAAUAAUGGAAUAAUUAACAAAGAGUUGCUAGCUUUGGAGGUGGGAUCUGAGCUAAGCUUACCAGAUGUCGUGGAGAUUGGAAAUGUUCAAGAUGGUCAGAUUGUUGCCAAGGCUAUUAUCUUGGUGGAAUCAAGUAACGGAAAGGUGCCUUCUGGCGAAGUCAUUGUGGCAGCGGUGAGUCCAGUUUCGGAUAUAUCCAGCAAGUCUGAAUUGGUCACCUCGGCGGUGGUUAUCCAGUCACAUGGCGAGAAUACUUUUGUUAAAGGAGCCACCCGAAGCGUGUUCGAGCUGGACUGUAUUCCCCUUUGGGGCUCGGUAUCCAUUUGUGGAAGAAGACCAGAAAUGGAAGAUGCAGUUGCUGCUGUACCAAGGUUUAUGAAAAUUCCUAUUGAAAUGCUUAUUGAUACUUGUAUGAUUGAUGGAAUCAGUCAAAAUUUGACACACCUAACCAGUCAUUUUUUCGGUGUGUAUGAUGGCCACGGAGGAUCUCUGGUCGCUGACUAUUGUCGCGAGCGCAUCCACUUGGCUUUGGCUGAGGAGAUUGGAUUCAUUAAAGGCGAUUUAAGUGAUGCAAAUCCGGGAGAGAAUCGACAAGUGAGGUGGGAGAAAACCUUCACUUCUUGCUUUCAGAAGGUGGAUGAUGAGAUUGGAGGGAAAGCUGGACGGAGCACUGAUGGAAGCGACGUCGAUGCUUCAGAUGCUAUGUUUGAGCCUGUAGCCCCGGAAACGGUCGGAUCUACGGCUGUGGUUGCAUUAGUCUGCUCAUCGCACAUCAUAGUUGCAAACUGCGGUGAUUCACGAGCAGUUCUAUGCCGUGGCAAAGAACCUGUCCCGUUAUCAGUCGAUCAUAAACCAAACAGAGAGGACGAAUAUGCAAGGAUCGAGGCGUCUGGGGGCAAGGUCAUACAGUGGAACGGGCACCGUGUUUUUGGAGUUCUUGCAAUGUCGAGAUCCAUAGGAGAUAGAUAUUUAAAACCAUGGAUUAUACCGGAACCAGAAGUGAUGGUCCUUCCUCGAACAAGGGAGGAUGAGUGCCUUAUCUUAGCCACCGACGGAUUAUGGGACGUCAUGACGAACGAAGAAGUCUGCGAAGUGGCUCGACGGCGGAUUCUCCUCUGGUACAAGAAGAACGGAGUCACAGCUUCUGCGGAGAGGGGUUUGGGAACAGACCUCGCGGCUCAAGCUGCGGCGGAGCAUCUGUCGAUGCUUGCCCUCCAAAAGGGAAGCAAGGAUAACAUAUCUGUGAUUGUGGUGGAUUUGAAAGCUCAAAGAAAAUUCAAGAGCAAAUCCUGAUGGAGAAGAUGUCCAUCCCAUCAAGCACACGGUCCAAGUCAUUUUAAUCUCCCUAUAUUGACUAGAUUAAGAAAGAAUCUAAUUAAUAUAUUAUAUAUCGCUAAUGUCCAUUCGUUUUUUCUCUUGGGCUCAAUGUGAUUUCUGAAUAUAGAAAUCUGGUGUACUAUAUAUAACAAACAAAUUGUAAUGUGGAAACUAUAAGACGUGGUUUUUUAAGUAUAUGCGUCGUGUUGAAUUCCUGUAAA